UAAAAAUCUUGAGUGCUGAGAGACAGGUUAGGACUGCUUCAGAGCUUCUUCGCAAAUGCUCAGCCUGCUUACCUGGGGCCAGGAUGGAAGAAGCAAGUGGAGUGCUGAGGAAGGGCUUCCUCGUUAAACGGGGUCACAUUGUCCAUAACUGGAAGGUAAGGUGGUUUGUUCUGCUGCAGGACAAGCUGCUAUAUUAUAAAAUUGAAGGAGGCAGGAAGGAACCACCUCCAAAGGGCAGGAUCCUCUUGGACGGUUGCACUAUCACUUGCCCGUGCCUGGAGUAUGAGAACAGACCGCUGGUAAUUAAACUGAAGACAAAAACCAACACAGAAUAUUUCCUAGAAUCUUGCUCCAGGGAAGAACGGGACUCUUGGGCUUUGGACAUUACAGGAGCCAUUCAUGCUGGGCACCCAGUGCAGGUUCAACAUCUUCACAGAAUGAAGAACUCCUUCAAACUACCCUCAAACAUCAGUCUUAACCACAUUGUGGACAAAAUGCAUGACAACAGUUGUGGAAUUAAAAUGACCCCCAAUGUGGAACAAGGCAACACAUACAAGGAGACCUUCACAGGUUCUGCAGUGGUGGACUGGCUGAUCUCCAACAAUUUUUCUGCCUCUCGACUUGAGGCAGUCACACUUGCUUCCAUGCUGAUGGAAGAAAACUUCAUCAGGCCUAUUGGAGCCCGAAGCACUGAGGCCAUGCGCAGUGGCAAUCUAGCUGAGCAGUUCCUAGAUGACUCCACAGCACUGUACCUGUUUGCUGAAAGCUAUAAGAAAAAGACCAAUUCUAAGGAAGACAUGCACCUCAGCAUCCUGGAAUUAAGUGGAACAAUUGUAAAACAAGGAUAUUUAGUAAAACAGGGGCACAAAAGGAAAAACUGGAAGGUCAGGCGCUUUGUUCUGAGGUCUGAGCCUGCUUUCCUGCACUACUAUGACCCCACCAAGGAAGAAAACAGGCCAGUUGGUGGAUUUUCUCUCCGCAGCUGCCUUGUCUCAGCCCUGGAGGACAAUGGAGUCCCAACGGGAGUGAAAGGGAAUGUGCAAGGCAACCUCUUCAAAAUAAUCACCAAGAAUGACAUUCAUUACUACAUCAAAGCCAGCUCCAAAGCAGAGCGAACACAGUGGAUCGAGGCCAUCAAGCGACUGACAUGAACCAAGUGGACUCUCCAUAUGAUAUGGAGAACGGGUGAAUGAGUUGCAUUCAACAGUAAAUUUGCUGCUGUCUUCACCUGGGAGCAUUAUUCAAUCUUGGAUGGCUUCUUAUUAUUUAUUAUUUGUAUGACUAUAACAUCUUGGAGACCCAGGCUUGAAGCAGGUGCUGGGUACUGUACAGACAGAACAAGAUUGUCCCUGCCCGACAGAGCUUACAAUCUAAGUUAAGGGAAAGAAAUGACAGAUGGAUAUGAACAGAUAUGAGUGUAUGAAGAGACAUAUUAUGAGAUGAAAGAAUGAAUCCUGUCAUUUAAAUAGUCACCCUGUAUCUGGCAGAUCUAUAUUGUGCUCCACCUCAAAGCAGAAAAGCCUUAUUGGUUCUCCUUUGCUAUGAGACUUGUAAAUUGCAGUAGUUGGUGCUGACUGCGCUGAAUGACAAAAGCAAGGCCUGUGGGUUGGCCAGAGCCAACACAAGCUCUGGGCUCCAAGGCCACCUCCCUUAAGAUAACAUUAAGUAGUCUUAUUCUGAGUGCACUUUGAUCAACACACUGGAAUAAACUAAAGGUUCACUUAUCAA